GAUCCCUUGCAGCACUAAUUCAAUGCUGUAUUGGAGUGUAUGGAUGGAAGCAGCAGCCACCCAUUGCCAGAAAGGGGAGGGAUGACUAUGGGUGCCGGGGCCCAGCCCAAUCACUUAAUGCUUCCAAGUGUCAGAUUCUAAGCAGGAGGCGGAGUCAGUGACCCAGGAAGGCUCAUUCGUUUUGCACCCUGCCCCAAUCUGUCCAGAGCAGGAUCAUGGCUGUGCAGGAGGAGGAGGGCUGCCUCUCCCAGGGCUUUGCCCUCAUUGGGGUGAUCACCGUGGCCUAUCUGGCCAUCACCCAGGGCUGGAGGAUUCUCUGUGGCUUCAGAGCCCACUUUCUCUCCCACUGGUGGAAGCCCAACCUCAGCCAGUAUGGAACCUGGGCAGUGGUAACAGGAGCAACUGAUGGGAUUGGCAAAUCAUAUGCAGAAGAGUUGGCCCGGAGGGGGUUUGACAUUGUGCUCAUCAGUCGGAAUGUGGAGAAGCUGCAGCGAGUGGCAGAAGGGAUCGAACAGAAGAGCGGGCGCAAGACCAAGAUAAUCCAGGCAGACUUCACAGGAGAUGUUGGGAUCUACACACCCAUAGAGGAAGGUCUGAAGGGACUGGAUAUAGGAAUCCUGGUAAAUAAUGUUGGGAUGACAUAUUCUGAUAAUGCAGCCAGAUUCCUUGAUGUUCCAAAUGUUAAAAAGCGGGUAAUAGAGGUCAUCAACUGCAACGUCAUGUCCGUAUUGCACAUGACCAACAUUGUGCUUCCAGACAUGCUGAAGAAGAAGAAAGGUCUUAUCAUCAAUAUCGCCUCUGAAGCUGGAACUCUUCCCUACCCCAUGAUUGCAGUGUACAGUUCAACUAAGGUCUUUGUGGAUUACUUCUCUCGAUGCCUGCAAACAGAAUACAGUUCCCAAGGAAUCAGAGUCCAGUCAGUCUUGCCUCUCUUGGUUUCCACCAAUAUGACGUUUGGGAUAAAGAGUAACAUAUUCGUGAAGAGCUCAGACAGCUUUGCCUAUGAUGCGCUAAACACAGUAGGAGUCACCACUCGUACUCAUGGCUGCCUCUCUCAUGAUCUUCAGCAUUUCUUCGUACAUCUUUUUAUCACAGAUUUUAUCCUCUCCUCAAGUGCCACCAAUUUCUUUAUUUUGAGAGCUACAAAGGCACUAGAGAAGAUGGGAACCAUGAAAAAAGACUAGAUGUGUCAAGAGGCUGUGUGGCAAGAGUCAUUGUAUCCAGCAACAAGUUCAAGCUGCCAACUGUGUUCAUGGGAUUCAUUAAAGCCUAUAAUUUUAAAAUA